AUGGAGGAGGAACAGGGGCGCGGGGCAUCGGUAGAGCGAACCUCCACCUCGUCCAAGUCCCAGAAGAAUGAGACACGUCCAGCUUCUGUCGCCGCCGGGCCCUCUAGUGCCCAAUCUUCAAAGCGCAGACGGGGCUUAGGCAUUGUCACGCCCAAUGCUUGUACCGAGUGUAGGAAAAAGCGCGCCAAAUGCGACGGACAAAAACCCUGCGGUCGAUGUAGGUCUCAGAAAGAUACUGAGUGUAUCUAUGAGAUACCAGUACGUCAAUCCAAGGAGAACCUUCGCCAUGAAAUCGAGAAUCUGCGAAAACAGCAGCGGCAGAGUGAAAAUGUCAUCUCUGCCCUCGUACGACCUGAGUUAUGGGAAGAUGUUCUUCAGAGACUGCGGAAUGGCCAGUCUAUCGAGGUCAUAUCCGACUGGUUAGGCAGCAAUCUGCCCCAUGGCACGGGUGGCUUACCUGGCUAUGCACAACCAGGUGAGCUCACAUCAGGCAUGUCACUACCGCCACCGCUUUCAACUUACAGCAUGACGGGCCCAGGCGGUUACGGGGCUGGUUCAAUGAGCCAUGCCGCACUCCCCGGUCCUGUCUUGAAGCAGGAUUUUGAUGCCAAUAGCCCAUGGAACUUCUCGUCGCAGAGUCAAUCUCUGUCGCAGCCUAGUACACAUCCCGAUGAGAUGCAAUGGACCUCAGAAGGCCCGCCGCGAUCCCGAGUAGGUUCCUGGCUUCAGGAGCAGGACCAGGCAGGGGAAAGCAUCCGAUAUCGAGGGGUGGACCAAGUGCUAGCGCCCCUAGAGCCCCCGGAAACAAUUGUGCCUCCUAGCACAUGGACGAGCAUUACCAACGACUCGGGUCUUGUUCAGCACUUACUUGCAUUAUAUUUCUGCUGGGAAUAUCCUACAUUUGCUUCGCUGAGCAAGGAACACUUCAUGAAGGAUUACGUACACGGCCGGCACCGGUAUUGCUCCCCAAUUUUAAUUAAUGCCUUGUUAGCGCUGGGUUGCCGUUUCUCAACCCAACCUGAAUCACGAGCGAAUCCCAAUGACGCAAGAACUUCUGGUGAUCAUUUCUUCAAGGAAGCUCUGCGGCUGCUAUCGAGAGAGACGAACAGCCAUACUCUGACCACAAUUCAAGCUCUUGGGAUAAUGUCCAUCCGAGAGGCAAGUUGUGGACGGGAUUCUGAGGCUUGGUAUUAUGCCGGGCAGAGUAUACGACUCGCUAUUGAAAUGGGUUUGCAUCGCCUCAAUGAUGAUGGAGACGAGGAUGAGCUUGCUGUGCAAGCAGCAACCUUUUGGGGUGCCUUUGCUCUUGACCAUGCGUGGUCGCUCGCGACUGGUUCCCUACCGCAAUGCUCAUGGUUCCUCCAAUUGCCACCGAAGCCUGCCAUCAUUGACGGCAUCGAGGCUUCGCUGUGGGUACCAUAUACCGAUGAUGGUGCUCCGCUUCAACGGUCUUGUGAGCAGCCAUCUAACGUGCGGUCUGUGUACAAGUGUUUUUGCGAACUCAGUGAGCUAGUGCACCAAUCGCUUUACGUUUUACACUCUCCGGGAAGACCACUGUCGAGUCGAGACCUGCUUAGCAUAUACACGCAGUAUCUAAACUGGUAUGACACCAUCCCGGAAGUCUUGCGGCUUGGUCAUAACUUCACCCCGGCCGUUCUCUUUGCUCACAUGUAUUACCACUUCGCCAUAUUACUCCUAUUUAGGCCACUCAUAAAGCUUCGAAUCAUUGGCUCCGGGAUACUUCCCCGAGACGUCUGCUCGCAGGCUGCCGAUGCCAUCCAAGGACUCCUGCGUUCCUAUUCCCAACUCUACACCCUUCGCCGUACGCCGUCGUUCGUGCCAUACUUUCUCCUAACAUCAUCUAUAAUGCAUCUAGCGAUUGGCGCUGUCGCCCCUGAAACGUCAUCAUCUCCAACUACCCAUUCAACUACAUCCACCGCUAGGCCGAGUCAUCAUCAUCAAUCUGGCGCGGGCCACUCAUCAUCUUCACCAUUGGCAAGUGGCGGCGAGGAGCCAACGUCAUCGCCUUUAAGUUCCGCAACGGCGAAACUGAAUCCAAAGGUUACUGCUGCGAUCAAGCAGGGAAUUGCCGACAUGGCCGAAAUGGCGCCGUGUCACCAUUUUGCAGAGCAAGCCCUCAACAUAUUGCGUUUCUUGGCCAAGAAAUGGAAUAUGGACGUCGACGUGCCUCAUCAAGCGUCUCAAGAUGAGGUUGAUAAACUGGUCCGGCCGUCUACCAACAGCCUCAAUUUUUUUGUACCCAAUAUCUCGGCUGAGGACUUUAGGUGCAACUGGCCGGAACGGAGGAGGGCGGCGCGCGCCGCCCCGAGACCCCCAUAUGAACAGGGCAGUAGUAUGGAAGGCAUGGAGGGAGUUCUUCUAGGAGACCAAGGCAGCACGGAGACUCAGGCUGGCCCAUCGGCAGACAUGGGGGAUCCUAUACCUUCUAGUUAUAUGGCUGAGAACCCACUGUUCUGGCCGUUCCCCAUGCAGGGGCGGCCAAUGCUUCCAGAAGGCCCCGAGCUCGAAGAAGCCGGGUUUGCCCUCCUAUAA